GGGUGUACCAAAGGUCUGAUCUCUCUUUGGGGUUACAGAGUCUGGAUCAAAUCGGUCUACUUCGGCUCCCCAUUUCCAAUAGGCACUCUCCCACCCCCUGGACUCCAGCUCCCCUCCAGCCUCUUUCUUUGCCUCUUCUCCCCUGGCUCCUGCCGUUAAGAAGAAUUCACGGCUGCAGAAGUCAGAGCAAAGUGCUUGUGCUUAGAUAGCAGGGCGGGUAGGAGACACUGGCUCAAUGCGGUAUUGCCUUCACUCUCAUGAUUCUGGAUCCUGGAUUCUGAACACGAGCUAUAUCAGGGGCAAGGGUGAAGCGAGAUGUGUUGGUGUGGAGAAAAUAAUGCGGUAGAUGUUGUUCUUCAAUAACGUAAAAAAUCACGCAGGCAGACGCUAUGGCUGACACGAUAUUUGGAAGUACAGAAGACCCGUGGGUUUGUCCCAAUGACAGGCAACUUGCACUUCGAGCAAAGCUCAAAACUGGCUGGUCGGUGCAUACAAAUGAGUCUAUCAAACAGCGACAAAAUCAGAUGCUCUCUAAACCUGAGAUUGAAAUUGUCCUGGAUGUCAUCCAGAGAGCCGAGAGGCUGGAGCUGAUCGAACAAAACCGCAUUGGUCGUCUAGUUGAACGCUUAGAAAAUAUGAAGAAGAAUGUGAUUGGAAACGGCCAGUCCCAGUGCUUGCUAUGUGGGGAGUUGCUGGGAUUCAUGGGAUCGACAUCUGUCUUCUGUCAAGACUGCAGGAGGAAAGUCUGCAUAAAGUGUGGAAUAGAGACACUUGGGAACAAGCGGAAACCGGUUUGGCUUUGCAAAAUAUGCAGCGAGGGAAGAGAGAUUUGGAAGAGAUCUGGUGCUUGGUUUUACAAUGGAUUGCCGAAAUACAUCCUACCAUCCAAAGGCUCUGCUGGAAACAGUGAGCUAUAUUUACGGCCCCUUCGAUUGGAAACCUUGCAACAUGGGAGAAAUGUCAUUGUCAACCGUUCGUACAGCUGGGCAAGAGGAAGAGUUGUCUCCAGUGACAGUGAAAGUGAGUCUGAGUGCAGUUCAUCGAGUCAAGAUGGUAAUGAUUCCACGAGCAACUCGACAAAUUACAAGGGAAGAAAACAAAAGGAUGAAUCGGGUAGCCAUCAUCUGGCCAGCCCCUCAGUUGCAGAUCCAUCCAACCUCCGUACUGAGCGUGGAAGAGGUUUAAGUGCCACAGAGAGCCUUGGUGCUGACAAUAAGAAUGGUUUUGGCAAGAAAUCACUAGGUUGACAGUGAGAGGGUACAGGGUCCAGGCAUGCUCCUGGUCUCUAUCAUCCAAGGAUUGCCCAUUUCCCCUUCCCAAGACGUCCGGGCUGGAGCUGUGGAUUCUGGUGCCAUUCGAAUAAAAGACAUACCUAACAAGUCCUAUAGUCCUUUUUUUUUUUUUUUUUUUUUUUUUUUUACCAGGCAGUUUUAACUCUGGAAUGUCUAUUGGAUGUUUGGUUGGAUAUGGGGGAAAAUCUGUGCUGUCAUAAUUUGUAGCUUAAUCUCGCAUGUUCCGAUGACUUAUUCUAGGGU